AUGAACGUGCGCAUGAUGCGCGAACUGAAUGUCACUCUUGAUUGGCUAAACCUGCGUAUCCAUGAGCCAACCGACACCAACAUUUUUCAAAAAGGCAAGAAGGCAAUCGACAGAGUACUUCGUUUUCUUACAAAGUGCGGAGUGAAGAUUGUCAGUAUCUACAGGACGUUUACGACUUCGAGUAAAGGCUCUGAGUCUACGGAUGAUAAGGCAAGUCGCUCGAGUGAAGGCUCUGGGUCUACGGAUGUUAAGGCAAGUCGCUUCUCCAGCAUACUUAAAAUCAUUAAGGAAGCUUGUACAGGUUUAGAGUCCGGACUGAUCUUCGUCAUCGAUGAUGAAGUAUGCAUAUGGGACAUUCAAGAGCUUUGGGAGCAGCGACAAAAUCGAGAAUUAACCCCAAAAGAGUUCCUCGAAAUGGUUUACGAGGAGGCAACCAAAGAAUUAACCAAAAAUGGGUUGCAGACUGCGGAGCAGUUUGCUGGGAAGGUGGCGGGGCAGAUUGCAGGCACAUAUCUCACCAAACAGACGGGGGUAGGGAAUAUCAUCGCGGGUAUGCUUGGGGGCUUCGUCGAUGGCUUCGUCGGGGAACGAGUGGAGUUCAACUCGAAUGAGUGCCGUCCCCCGCGUGAAACGGUCGCAAUGGCAAGUAGAUACAUUGAUCAGGGAAUGAUAAGUUCACGGUUCACUGACGUGAUGAGCUUUGGUUAUUUCAUCCGCCUCGACACUGUUGAUAAUUAUUUCUUUAUCCGAGGUCGUCGUGAAGGUAGGCGUGUCCUUAAUGACAAGUUUCUUGGCAGCAUAGCAGAUGCAUUAGACGAAGAGUGGCCUUUACUUGCCAUCGAACUGGGCUUCGACUGGGACGAGUGUGAGGCCAUCAUUGAGGCGUACAAGGGCCAGGUGAAGGAACAGGCCGAGUACAUGUUGGCAGCAUGGAGGCAGCGUCCGGAUGCGAGUCACUUGAACGACCUCAAGGUGGCAUUGAAGAUGAUUAGGCGUUGUGAUGUUCUGAAAAAAAUCGGUUUGGAGGUACUUGACGAAGAGUGUCUUGGGAACUUAGCUAAAUCCCUCGGGAGAACGUGGACUAGACUAGCUAUCUUCCUCGGUUUCGACGAGGAGGAUUCCCGGAGGACUGGAAAUGGUCUCAACAUGCUCAAGACAUGGAAGGAACAUUAUUACGGAAACGACAUCGUUGAUGACUUGACAGGGGCACUCAAACAGAUCGGAAGGUACGACCUGUUGCAUGAACUAGGUGCGGAGGAUCUUGACACGGAAAUCUUGAAUAAAAUCGGAACUUCACUGGGAGCAUCCUGGCAAAAACUUGCCUGUUAUCUUGGCUUUGAUUGUGAGGACCUGAGGGAUAUUAAGGCCAUGGCAGGCCUCUCUUCCCCCGCAGACCAGGCGAGGCUAAUGCUAAGGAUUUGGCGGGACAAUUUCGAAGGGGACAACCCGGUGCAGUAUCUGGCAACCGCAUUGACCCUCGCAGGCCAUGAGAGCAUUACUCAAUCGUUUGAGCCCAUCAGCCCUGUUCCGGCACCAUCCCCGAAAAAGUCUGGAAAUGUUCAAAAAUGCAAGAUGGUGAUCAACAAAGCACUUAGUGGUCUCAAAAAGGGCGCAAAAAUGGUUGGCCGCGCCUGCGGCAUCUUGAAGACUUCGAUUAAAGACUCGGCGUCUACGGAUGACAGUGCAAGUCUAGUUGACACACUCGACACCAUUGGGGACGUUUGUCAAGGUGUAAAUACCGGACUGAUCCUUGUCAUCGAUGGUGUGUCAUGCGUAUGGGAUAUAGCAGAGCUUUGGCAACAGAGAAAACAAGGGAACAUAUCCCUCAAAGAUUUCCUGACGGAGGCUUGCAUGGCAUCAUCCCAGGCGUUGGUCAAAGCGGGGUGCGCGGUAGGGCUGGGCUUCGCUGGAAAGGCGAUUGGAGCCUCAAUUGGAAGCGUUGCAGGCUCAUUUAUUGCCCCCGUCAUAGGGACCUGGGUAGGGGGUUAUAUUGGGGCCAUCGUUGGAGGCGCUGUGGGUCUUGGCAUGGGAUGGGUUGUAGGCAAACUGAUCGGGAAAAUGGUGAAUUCCGCGAUCAAGUAUGACGAUAAGGUUGUCACAAAAGUAAGCGCCCUCCGACCCGGGGACCAGAUUAUUUUACCCGGUACAUGGCAGUUGCCGAAACGACACGCAAUAGUACUCGAUGUGUUUGAUGCAAAAGAGCAAAUAGGGGUGAUAUGCCAUAGAUCAGGGGUUGUUGUUGAGGAAAUAGUCCCCUUCUCUCCGAUAAACCGAAUCGAGUACGACUCGAAAGAGUGCCGUUCCUCGGUCGAAGUCGUAAAACGGGCACGAAGUAAGAUUGGUGAAGAGUUACCGCAAAAGGCCAAUGAUGGGAGCGAGUUUGCUCAGUGGUGCAAACUUGAUUGCGUUGUCUGCAUGGACCCCUAACUUCAAAGUAGAAAAAAUACAAGAGUUCGGCUGAUGAAAUUAUUGAUAUUUUAUUUUAAUCUUCGAUGGGAUUGUAGACUGAAUAUUUUUAUAUGAGCAUUAUAUUUUUUUGCGAUGUCGAAAGAUGUCGGAGGCUUUUUUUAUCAAAUCAAAACAAACGAUGAAUGCAAUAGAAAUCAGAUAUCUG